AGAACUUCCACAAAUGGUGGUUUUCAAUGGCGCAAGAUGUGUUUAGCAAAAUGGCUGAGGAUCCUUGGUUAUUAAACGAAGACGGUUACUUAAAUGCGGACACAGACAUCAAGGAAAUCAUUUACCACCCGACACUGAACGUUAUUUUAAUAUGUACCAACAGUGGAAUCGUUCGGGUGUUGGAUGUCAACUCGGGUGUUGUUCUCCAAUCCAGCUAUCUCUCAGCAAUAAACCAAAACGAAGUAACUUGUAAGUACAUUCCUGGACAAGACAGAGUACUGUUUUGUGAUGGACAAGCUAUUGGAGUCAGAUCAGACUACAACAGUGUGCUUUUACUCGACAGUAUUCUGCAAAAGCCAGUAUCGGAUCCCAAAAAGGAAAUCAAGCUAGAAUUACCACUAUCUGAGGCAAUCAUCUUGAAACAAAGUUUGACUUCAGCCAACGUCAGCGGUAUUGAACAUGUGAUAAAUGAAUUAACCGACGUUAUUUUGAACGCUCAAAAACAGUCCAAAAAGGGUAUCAAAGCUCAAAAAUGGAACACUGUAUGUCUCCAACUCCCUUUGGAGAUGCUUCAAAUGGCUGCCAUGAGCAGCGUGUCAGAACUACUUUUAAAAAACCAACACACGCCAGAAUUGAGUGUUGCAUCAGCCGUGCAAGAACGUCUCUCAGAACUCAGUGGGGAACAAGGGAGUGCUUCAGACCGCAGAUCCAUGGCCAGCGAGGCUAAACGACGCGAAACAUUCACUCAUUGGCCCCACAUGGAUUACAAGUGGGCAUUGCCGGAUCAAAUGGCCCAAGCGGGCUUUUACCACCAACCUAACGCCUCUGGCGACGACCGCGCAAUGUGCUUCACUUGCACAGUCUGUUUGGUUUGUUGGGAGCGCACUGACGAGCCUUGGAGUGAGCAUGAACGGCAUUCCCCCAAUUGUCCCUUUGUUAUGGGUGAAUACACUCAGAAUGUUCCAUUAUCGGUUACUUACGCCACCAACCCGGCUAUUGACGCUACCUAUCGAGGUGUCAACGUGAAAAUCCUCGGAACGAGCACCAUGAGCAACCUUUUACCGACUGCAAACGCUGAAGGCUUGAUCUCCGUGUUUGACAUCUCGGGGAAGAUCUCAAGGACACACUCGUUUUUUGUAACACAGUUUGAUUCUCACAUUUUGGAGAAAUACACGCAGGAUUUUGGGGUUCCAGGGACCUGGAGCGACCUUGACGAAGUUAAGUAUCCAGCAGAGAAGCGAAUAACAUCUUUGGCGAUUGUGAGUGCUGCGGAGACGACAUCCACGCGACCUACGAUUAUUUGCGGUCUCCAAAUCCGGUGUCGUGGAGCCCAGAAAUAUCAGUCUCCAGUGAUUGGAAGUUAUGACGAUCAGAAUAAAAACUUAAUGGAGGUGGUGGAAUCGGCGACGUCUUCAACAAGUUCCAGUUGUUUGUAUUUAGUCGUUUACGACUUUUUGUAUAGUAAGGAGAAGGAAGAUAAGGAUCACGAGAGUAAACCAACUGAUGUGAACGCCAUCUCCGAAGUAUCGGCCUCCAAAACCGAAACUCAAACUCAAAAUGAGAACCAGAAAAACAGUGAUUAUGUGCAUCCCGACGCGGUCUUCGUCGAGCAUUUGUCAUCUUUUUACAAAACCCUCAUACCUGGAGAAAGUGACGAGGUGUUUCUUCCACCUCCGAUGCUCGUUAACAAACCUCAACAUUCAGGCCCUCGAGUGUUACCCAUCGACAUGCAAAUUACGGAAACUGAUGCUUCGCAAACCGAGCCUUUCAUAAUUAACCAAGAAUAUUCGUUUAUGAAUGGGCAAUUGAGUAGCAUUCUCUCGGAAACAUUCGAAAAGAGCAUUUCCGAUCACAUCACCGAAAUGAAAAACAACAAAACGGCAAAAAAAUUGAAUUACAGUAGGGCAGUGCAGUGCGUGUCGAUACCGGCGCCUUAUAAAUCGCGACAGGACUUGGAGAUUUCCGAUAUUAUCGCGACGCAAGACAGUCGACAUGUUCUAGUCGUGUUGAAAAGCUCGUUGGACGGCAAAAGCGUUUUGAUACUUUAUUCUUUAGACUUUUCACAGAAGAUGGUGAAGCUGGUGGAAGAGCCAGUUUUGGUGCGCGAAUUAAAUAAUAAUGAGAAGCCGACAGAAGUGAGUAUGUUGCCGACGGUGGAUAAGUUGGGGGAGUUUGCCGAACAGGGGAAGAACGGAGUCGUGGGAAAUAUUUUCAUGGUGUGUGUUGACGGGGCUGUGAGAAUUGUGGAAUUGUCGACCAUGAAGACCAUCUGCAUGGCCCAGUUGGAGAGCGAGAAGUUUGUUUCGGCGGCGUAUUGUAACAGUUUGGAACGCUUGUGCGCCUCAACAGCGAAAGGUUCUCUACACUUCUAUGCCCUGAACGACACCGACAACGAAUCCUCUGAGGACCACGAGGAAGACGAUUUGUUCGGUAUGACGAAUGACGGUUUGUCUUCAAACCCCGCUCAAACUAGCGACUCAUUAGACGGAAGCGAGAUGACGCGUUGUUUCCACGAUCCUCCUGAAAUAAUUUCUUUGUUAGACUUGAAACGGCUGCACGCUUUGUGUCAAUUCGAACCGUUAAGAGCAGGCUACUGCGCCGUAGUUCCUCCCUGUUGGAGCGAAAUCCAGCAGGCUCAAAGACAGAGGAGGUAUCCUCAAAGCCUCAAAACGGACUGUGACCAGUAUACGAAAACGUGGCGACUGCAGACUGACACGACAACCUGGGAUGAGCACAUUUUCGAGAUUACAUUGCCAAGUCCCAUGUCGCUGGGUCACGUGGAUGUUCAUUUCAGUUUGCAAUCAUCGACAGCGUUACCACAUGUCGAAGUCACGCUUUUGCGACAAAACACAAGCGGGAUUGGGCAUAAGAAAGACGUUAAGUUUGCUGUAGAUGAAACCAUCACCAUAGAUAUGUUGCAACAGUGGGCCGAAAAUCCUGUUAUCAGUCAGGAGUAUUUGAGGGCACAUAAUGCCGAUAUUUUGGCAGGACCAGUGAAUAUAGCCUCGUGUUUGGAUUUGUCGGAACAAUGCGGUGUUGUCACUUUGACGAGUCCGAAAUUGUUCAAGUCGAGGAAUCGGACGUUGUUGUUGCACAUUAGGGCUGUUUAUUCAAAAGAAGACGCGAAUAAUAAAACUGCCUCGAAGGGGAAACGCACUGAGAGUAAAGACAAGUCGAGUCAGUGUGCUAGCCACAAAAAUGAGUUUUAUAUGGGAUGUGAUUGCAUUCACGAAUUGAGUAUUACGGUGUAUAGUUCGAAACAUACUGAAAUUCCGCAUGAGAGAAGUCAGAGGAAUUUUAUGUUGGAAUCUAUUUCGUGCGUCCAGUCACUUUUGUUAACAGCAAUGAAUAAUUCAUCAAAUGCGGCCGUGUCUUUGUCACUAGAUAUACUCACUUGGAUUGCUUCAAUUCGAUUGAUUAGGAACAGGAGUAACAAUGGAGAGGUGCCUAACCAGCAGAUGGAAUUUUUAUACGUGAUUGAGUAUAAUUUAGCGAAGCUGCUUCAGCAGUGUCUUCUUCUCGGGGAAAGAAGUAUUGCACAUAAGUGUAUGAAGUUAAUCGAAGUUUGUUGCAAUGGUGCUAAGAACAUGAGCGAGGCUGGACGCUCCCACUUUGAGUUCAGCAUCCUGAAAGCUCUCCUUUCGCUUUUGAACACAAUCACCGAUGUUCGGUCACCUGGAGGCCUCCAAUGGAUCUUCGCACUUCUUCUCAAAGUCAUUUCGAAGAACGCUCAAUAUGUGGCUACCAAAUGCGUAACACUGUUAAAUAGAAUGUCUGAGGAGUUAGAAAUUCGAACGAAUCCGUACCACCUACUUCUCAGGAGUCGUUACGGCCUAUACGGCACUCCUCUAGAACUGGAAUUGUUUGAUAUCGAACCACCACCUUAUGCUAAAAGUAGUAGUACUUACGUCACUUACGCUACAGCGGUGUCCGGAGACAACGCCAAUCAAAAUACCGAUUUUUUCGAGAAUUAUUCGUUUAAUAAAGAGAGUAUUAAUCCUAAAGAUGUAUUGUCAGGCACUGAGACAAAGCUGAAAUGGCGAAAUUUGGCACCACCGAAAAUAUAUCGAGGGUUAAUAGAAACCGUUCCUUUGCAUUUUACUUGUGUUUCGGCAAGCGAAGGGACGAGGUUAGAAAGGGCUGAUGCGUCAAAUAAUAUCGUUAUCAAUGAGAUACCGUUUUCAAUUUCUCCUUACCACGCCCAGGGUUCAUUAGACAAAAUGGACCCUAGCAAGUUCAAGUCCUAUUUGGUUGAUUUCGUCGAAGAACCGACAGUCACGGUGAAAGAAUACAAAAACGGAAAUCCUCAAGCAACCACUUCGAGUGUGGGAACGUGGGACGAUAACGGCUGUGAAGUAUUAAUUGGGGAGUUACCGGUGGAUGUUGGCAACCACCUCUUGAAGAAAUUAGAUUUAGAUUCCAUGUAUCAAGAUUUGAAAUCUUCAAUGGAGAGUAAAAACAGCACUGUGAAAAAUGUGUGGCAGCCAGAGAGUUUACUGUCGCCGCCGACUAGUAGUAGUUUGCCGUGGCAACACUUAUUGGUGACUCCGCCCCAACAGGUUAUCGUAGUGGAGCGUAUGCAUUCAGGGGCUCGGAGAUACGUGAUUUUGGAUUUUGGACAACCGAUUUUGCUCACUGAUAUUCUUCUACCAUCUUGCAGUGACUUGGUGUCUGUCAGUAUUGACAUUUGGCUGAAAAGUGAAGAUGUUGAUGGGACUCGGUUAGUCGUUGCGGCUGACAUUGGCUCGAAGAAUUUGGUGUUAAAUGAUUUACAGCCGACACCGUUGUGUCGAUAUAUGAAGAUCACUGCAGUUGGUCGUUACGGAAUGACUACAGCGAGAUGCAGAAUCCCUAUUGGUUACUUUUAUGGCCACGUGGUAGUUCUCCCUGAAGAGGUUCCACCAGAAUUGUCUCAAAACGUUUCUAAUUUGGCUUGCACCGAUUUGGAUAAACAACUGACAAUUUUAUCGAAGCUUUUUGAAGAUAUCAGUUGCAGAUACAGUUUAGCUUGUUCCAAAUUAAAGGAACUUUUACGACCAUUUUUGGUAGCUGAUAUGAAAAAUGCAUCUCACUUGGCGACUUACAUGAGCAUUAUGAAAGACAAGGUUCUUAAUAGCAGUAACCCUGAACACAGUAAAAUCUUCAGCGCUUAUCAGGAAUCAAUCACAUACCAACGUCAGUUGAAUACAAUUCGAAAUGUGAUGAAUCGUCUUGAAGGGAGUAUUAGCAAGAUAUCGGUGUCACCGAAAAAUUCCAAAGACAUUCCGAGUUGCUCGACUGAUAAACUUAGAGCUAUCGCUGAAGGUUUGUUGGAAGUGCUGCUAACACUAGAUUCACCAAUCGAUGUCGAACCGGUCACGUGUCGCAAACUGUUCCAAGGAUUAUGCGUGUCUCAAGCUUCACGUCUGCAAUUACUAGCGGCUAUUUUCCUUGACAAGUCCUGCAGGACGAAGAGUUACUGGGGCAACUUCCUCGCUGACACUUUGACUGAAAUGUUUGCAACAUCUAAUACAGCAAAAUUCCCCCAAGAUCGCGUUUUCAUCCUAUUGGCUUAUUUGAGUCGGAAAAGUCCUGAACGAAGCGCCGUCAUUGACGCUGGUCUUCGAGUCGUAUCGCAAACUUUGACUCCUUUGAGUGAAGAUCGCACGAAUCUACUUGCGGUCUCAGUUGACUUGCCUUUGCUCUCCUGGCUGUUAAUGUAUCUUUCGCUUCAAUUGGACCUAAGCAAGAACAGUCUUCAGUCGGCCACGAGAUGGGAUUGGGUGUUCGGGGAAAUUGUUGGGAAAGCCAACGCCGAAAGUGCGAAAAUUGGAAGCCGGAAGAAGAGUUACAAAAGAAUCAGCAAACAACAAAUUGACAAUUUGGAUGCAGCGCAAAAGCUUGUUCAGUCUUCAGCUCAGGUACAGGCUUUGUCGACGUUGUCAAACCAUGCAGCGUGUCUUACGUCGAAGUUAGAUGCGGCUUUAAAGACGCAACAGUUUCUUAUGAAGAAAGUUAAGUACAAGUUUAUGGAUAUGAAAAAUUCGCCGGCGGAGAACCCACUCGCACCGAAAAAAUUAAAGGAAACGACGUCAGAACCAAUCAUUGAGAAGGUUACUGAAAAGAAAAUGCCGCAACAUAUUGAUAUUAAUCAUUGUCUAACUGUGGCUAAAGGACUAUUGACUUUGGUCCUCUCGAUGGACCAUUCGAGUAGUGCCGAUAUGCUGCUGCUUUCGUUUAAGGUAAUGGCGCGCCUAGUAAGCAUGGCCAAAAUCAAGCUUGGCCAACUCAUGAACCAGGACCAACUCUUGAACUUAUUUCGCUUUUGCCUCGCUUCGAAAAUUCCAUGGGCUCCUCACGCCCUUGCAUGCCUCUUACAAGACGUCAUGGAAAACGAAAACGAUAACGACUCCGGAGCUUCAACAAGCUGGGCCACUAACGAUUUUCUUUCCGACGUUGCAAAUCUCUGCGAAUUCACAGAUGACGAAACUUUCGUCCACGAACCUGUAAUAACAGCGCCACCUAAAACUGGAAACAACAACAGCCAAUUGCCUUCGGUCUUCGAAUCCGAUGAUUCGGAUUUGGAGGAAAUUGUCGACGGAUUUUUAGACAAGGAAACUAUGUCGACACCAAAGAAGACGCCAAAACCAACGAAUUAUUCACACACCACUAAUUCCGUAGCGCUAGAUUCGAGGCUUGAUCUCAGCGUCGAUGUAUCUGCAGAGAUAUCGUUAAGGAAAUUGAUUAAUAAAAAUACUCAAGGGUUGUUGCAGAGUGUUAACGCGCCCGUGGUUGGUGACGAAAGUGAAGAUGCAUUAGCGCCAUGGCCCACUAUGAUAUCGCCGUUACAACCAGAGUCACAUUUGAGUAACACUGCGAUGUUGAUUCAGUGUUUUGAUUCGUUAUUUGAACAUUUGCCGAUGCAAGAUUCGUCAAAUAUUGAGCACAUCUUGCAACUGUGGUUGACUUUGAAUAACCCGUACAAAGACGACAAGUUUGAUCCUUCAGCUGUUGCUCAAAUCGUUCUCAAAGAAAGCUCGUUGAAAGCGUUGAUUUCGGCAAUAGCCUGGACUCCAGGCUUGUCACUAAUCACUUGGUGUGUAGCCUUGCAGACUUUGACUUUGGCCUGUAACAGUAAUACAACGUCAGACUCUGCCCACUAUUGGUCAGAUUCUUACGGAAUGGCGUCUUGUAUAGUCAAUCAUCCGGAUUUUAUUCAGGUUUUCAUGAGAUUAUUAUCAGGUACUGGUCUUACCUUCAUUGAUAAAGUUUUGGCAGGACCUUCGUUAUGUAAAGCUUUGAACGAUUUCCUCGACCGACUUUUGAUGAGAUGUUACAUAGAAAGUCCCCGAAGCAAAGCUGGGAAAUCCUUAAAGACUUUAUUAUUGAAAAUUGUGCAUCAGUUAGUGUUACCUACAGGGCCGAUAGCUCUACGACAAGGGCCUCUAGACGUGCAGUGUAAAUUGUUGAAAAUUAUGUUAGAUAUAGAUUAUUUUAACGCUGAUAUGACUAUUGCAAUGAGUAUUUUUGAGAGUACGUGUGUUUUGGUUCAUUCGUACUUUGUUAAUGUUGAUAAAAUUAAAUGUAUUAAUAUUGGGGAGAAGCACAAUGUGGUGACAACGACGUUUAAUGAGAUUUUUGCCUGUGUUAUGGGGUCAGAUCCAAUCAAGAUGGACCUGCAGGUGUCUACAGAAGUGCUCUUUUUGAGGCUGUUGAAGUUUUUGGGGAAGUUGGUACAGACACAGUUUAGACAAGGCAAUGAUCAACCGGAAGCAAUGGACGUUGAGUCAUUGGCGACUUCGCAAACCGACGAAAGCAAAGCCGAGCAAAUUCAACAAGAUUCGAUGCGUAACCGUGGCGAAAAUUUCGCCGAUGUUGUCCUCCAGUAUCACGUUAAUAUCAUCCGCCUAUGUCAGUCUUUAGCAGCUUGCAAAUCUUCAUCAUUGUGUAUGCUAGCAAAUGUCUCGCAAAAAGCGGCCUUUUCAAACCUGAGCGAACCGAGCAAUGUCGGAGAUGCAGUUUUCCAUGUUUUAGCUCUGUUAGCUAAGCGAACCUCUGAUAAAAAAUUGAUAUUGCCACCGUUGCUACAAUUUUUAGCACAUGCUCCUCAACUGAGCGAGCCUUUGCUGUGGUUCCUAUUACAAAUUCUAAAUACUGAAGAUGCUAUACGAAAUUUCCUCAACGCAGGUGGUAUUGAAAUUUUGGGCCGGAGUUUUGUAACAAGUAGUAACACCCCGAAUACAAUUUCCAAGUCGGGGACUAUUUCUAUAGUUAUGCAACACUUCAGUGGGAUUAAUCCUACUUCUGAUGCAAGCACAGCCAUCGCAUCAGCAUCGGCCUCGAGAAAGUUACAACAAGCAACCAUCGAAAAUAAAUUAUCAUUGGUUAAUUUCGCUCCCUGCUGCACUAUAAGUUGUCCAUCUGGAACAGCCCAACCGGCAGAAGUUCUAAUCCAAGGAACGGCAGCGACUCAUCGCCGGGCGCGAACUCCCCAAUGGAGUUACCACUUUUAUCCCGAUGAAGCUCACACUGAACUCACUUUACAACUCCCGAGUGCUAUUUUAUUGCGUGAAGUGCAUCUGCAGCCACACUUGAGUGCACUAGCGACUUGUCCUUCGGCUGUGGCUUUGGAAGUCUCAGCCAGUGGUCCUUCGCGUCUAGCCCCUGUGUGUCCGCCUCUUCCAACCAGUGGUAUGGUUUUUAUCAGACUACACUUACCAGUUCCGGAAGUCGUCAAUUGUGUUUUGAUUCGGUUAUACCGGCCACGUGAUGCUAACAAUAUUGGGCUUUCGCAAAUCCGUCUCUUGGGUAAUUUAGCCUUUGGAGGAAACACCAAUCAGAAUUUGGCCGAUCCGGUCGAAGAUGAGUCACACUGUCGCCAUAGUUUGGGCUGGUUAAGGUUAUUACAUCAUUGCUUUACUUUACCGACAGAACAGGAUUUGGCAAAACAAGUGAUAUCAUGCGCGUCAGGAGUACCGAGAUUGCUAAGUACUUGUUGCGAGUUGCUUCUAGUACCUUCUCACGUACUUCCGAUUUAUUUACCUUGUUUGGAGAAAGUUUUAAGGGAAUUGAGUUUGCACAAUCUGGAAAAUGGUAACAGUGUUAUCAAAAUUCUGUUGAACAGUCGGUCGAGUAUCAUAGAACCGUUGAAUUUCGCUGAUAAUGCUUGGCAAGACAGGUUGCUGAUAAAUGCGACUGGAUAUCAAUCAGCUUGCGAAUUAUUGUACCAGAUUUGCGAGCAUCAAGAUUCUGAUACUUUUUACCGAGUUAAGAUGAUGCUUGAGUGGUUGCAAAGUGUUGCAGUUGAAGCGAUGCAAACUGGAAAUACGCAAGGGUGUAACCCUGCGUACAUAUCUAGCAUAGCUUCGAUACUAUGGUCAGCCAAUCAGGCUCGAGUGAGCUAUGACUUAAAGUCAAUGAUUACAUUAGAUUUAUUCGACACAAUCUAUAACCUUAAAACAUGCGUGGAAAACAACAUUGCUCUUAAAUACUCUCUGGAUUCUCUAUUGUGCAGUUUGUGUUACAUAAGGCCUGAACUUUUCCCCGUGCUUUUACAACGAAUCGGAGUAUUAGUUCCGAAUUUGUCCACCGAUCAUGAUGCUUCAAUCUCCGAUGAUCGCAAAGAUUCCGAAAGUAUGACCGAUGAUAACAAACAAAUCUUCGAGCUAGAUUCAGAGUGGUACGGCCACCUUGUAAUGGGCGAACUGUCGAAGCUUAGUCUUUCAAACGAACAAUUGGAAACAGUGGCGCUAGUGAGUCGGUCACCUUCGGCAAUCCAACAGUUGCUAGAUUCUGGUCUCCCGAAAAUGUUGAACAGUGCCAUAUACGAGUUUUGUACUUCAAACGAAGACAAUUCAGUCCCAAUGGCUAAAUUAGAGAACGUGACGGCCAUAUUGAAGUUUUUUACUGACGUCAGUGAUGAGAAGACGAUGCGAGAUUGGUUGGGGUCGUCCGAUGGUUCGUCCUUUUGGCUUGAGUUGCUUAAUUGGUUGUGCAAAAAACCGUUCCUGAAAAAAUCAAAUCUUCAGUCAGAAGCGCACGCUCAGUUGGAGGAAGUGUGUGUCAAGUUUUUGUCGAAGUGUUGUCUUUGUCAUCCUAGUAAUCAAGCGCGACUGGCAAAUGUUUUAUGUAAAGUUAUAGAUUUGCAAAGCAAUGGAAUCUCCGGCUUCAUGCGUCGGCUGACUCUUCAGUUACUGCUCGAAAAUGAGAAAAUUCCAGUCAGUAUUAAAGCGGAUGAGACUUUAUAUAAAAGUGUAAAGUUGACUCAGGCUUACUUACCGGUGCAUCCGGCCUUCAAACAGACUUACAACCGCGCUUUACUUUAUUUGAGCACUAAUACAACUCUAGCUGAUAUCUUAGAGCAGCACAUUUAUUUCAACACGACCUACAAGAUGGAGACGAAUAAUUCGAGUAAGCGCGCUUUGCUCAGUAAGAAAGAUUUAUUCAAAGGUUGGUUCCCCGAAGAUUCAGAUUUGAGUAUGGCUGCUGGUGUUACUGCCAAAGAUAAACGUGCCAAAGACGCCAAAAAUCAAGCCGCAUCGACGCCCCAGUCAAAGAAAAAGAGGUACACGGCGACGGAGAAUUUGACUAGCGGUGAUGUCAUUGGGGGACGUUUGAUCAAGUGCGAGGCGUAUUCAGACCAGCCUUUGCCUCUGAAUUUGAAUUUAGGGCAAUUGUUGAGGUUGAUCGAGUCGAAAGGGACAACAGCGGAUUGGCCGUGUAUCCAUUUAGUCGUUUGUCAAAAUAAAAAUGGUGAUAAAAAAAGUGAAAGUAGUGAAGUAGAUUCUAGUUUGUACCAGCAACAACCUUUCAGUAGUGCCUUACAAGUGUUCAGUUCGAUGGGUGGGUUGGCGCUACUGGCUCGUCAUUUGCCUACGGUGUAUCCAGAGGCAGUGCGGCCACCACUUAAGGAGAAAACAACGUCCGAACAAUCAGAUUCCGAGUGGAUCAAAGUGGAAGAUUGCGAUGACAUCUACGAAGACGUCGAAGAAACAGUCGGGACCAGUUCGCCUUCGAAGUCAUCAGGACUUAUAUCAAACGUUCCAGCUCAUUCUCUCACUGCCUUUGGUCUCUUUCUCCGACUACCGGGUUAUGCUGAAGUCCUUUUGAAAGACAUGAAGAAGGCUUUGUGUCUGUUGAGAUUAGUAUUAGGUGUAACCGACGAUGGCGAAGGUGGUGAUAUAUUCCAAUCUCCGAUUGCCGAUUCGCUACCCACGUUGCCUUUUGAAGUACUCCGAAAACUCUACGAUGCUACACCUUUGAGUACCGACGAUGGGCGUCUCCUUCGGCGCAUCAGUAUUAAUACUGGUGUGGUCCAUUUGCUCCUCGCUUGUUUGGGGAUUUUUACCCACCAAACUCAAAACAACGAGAAAGAAGGCCAGAAAGACUCAAAAGGUAAAGACGAACGGAACCAAUUGUACUGGGCCAAAGGUACAGGCUAUGGUACCGGUUCGACUCAACAAAUCUGGAAUGUUGAGCAAGCAUUACUUAAACAAAAAAGUGAAGAGGAGCACGUGACAGUCUUGUUACAAGUUUUGGCAAGUUAUAUAAGUCCCAAUGGGGAGACUGCAGAUGAAUUAAUGGAAGAUGUUUUACCAUCGUCGUUUCAUGAUCUUUUGUCCAAUAGUUCGCUUUUGCCGGCACUCAGUUCAUAUCUGAGGAACGAUUCAGUUUUGGAUAUGGCCCGGCAUAUACCGCUAUACAGAGCGGCUUUGCAACUAUUAAGAGCCUUGGCUACUAGUUCGCAACUGGUGGAUUUGCUCUUGCCUCAAAAAACCCGCAUCAACGAACCUUCGAUUAGUUCAUUAUUGAAGAGCAUGAAGACUUGCGUAGAUACUUAUGCUUCUAAAUUAAGACUCAACACUAAAACAAAUACUAAAUUCAAAACUAAACUUCGGGAACAACUCGAGGAACUUGAACAGGGUGAAGGUUUGGCGACUUUAAUGCCAGACAUCCAAGACACUGCUAAUUUGGUGUCUAAGGUAACAAGUGGCCUCGCAGACUCGGAUCACGAUAGUGAAGGUGAAGUUUCCGUGAAUCGAGUCAUAUUUGCUUCUUUGGAAGAGAAAUAUCUCAAAAUAAUGAAAAGUUUGCAAUUUGGUUCGUAUGAAAUGAUCACGGAAUUGCCUGAAGGUGGUGUAAAGUUUGCGGUAUCGCACCAUUUCGAAAACAACGCGAAGUCGACUGGAGAACAGUCACAUCCGGCCCGUGUCAAGAGGAUAGCCCAAGAAGCCGUAACCUUAUCUACGAGCUUGCCUUUGAGUUAUAGUAGUUCAGUUUUUGUUCGUUACGAUACUUCCCGAUUGGACGUGAUGAAGGUACUGAUGACAGGUCCUGCUGACACUCCUUACGCCAACGGUUGCUUUGAAUUCGAUGUUUUCUUCCCGCCGGAUUACCCCCUGUCCCCCAUGAUGAUCAAUCUAGAAACGACGGGGCACCACACUAUUAGGUUUAAUCCGAAUUUAUAUAACGAUGGUAAGGUUUGUCUGUCUGUGUUGAACACCUGGCACGGAAGACCUGAAGAGAAGUGGAACGCCCAAACUUCCAAUUUCUUGCAAGUGCUGGUGUCUAUCCAGAGUCUGAUCCUUGUGCCAGAGCCGUACUUUAACGAGCCGGGCUAUGAAAGGUCCCGAGGGACACCCGCUGGUACGCAGAGUUCUAGGGAAUACAAUGCGAAUGUCUGUCAAGCCACUGUCAGGUGGGCGAUGUUAGAACAAAUUUUAAACCCUUGCUUGUGUUUCAAAGAUGUUAUUUAUACGCAUUUCUAUUUGAAACGUCACGAGAUCAUAGCUCAAGUGGAGGGUUGGAUUAAAGACCUAGAGAAUGAUAUUACGGAGAAAAGGAUAUCGAGGACUGCGAAUAAGAGGUCGCCGUCGGCGAAUAUCGAUAGUUUCAAGAAGAUAUUCCAGCAGUUGAAGGAGCAGUUGACGAAAUUGAAACCACCAGAGGGCGUGGUGGAGGAAGACACGUCUCCAAAGAUGGAGAUUACGAGUGCGCCAGUUAACGGAUUGGAGAAUAACGAGCAGGAAAUGGACGCAGAUAUAGACAUGGAGAAGAUGGUAAAAGAAAUGUGCGAAUUCGACGCAACAUAGAUCAACUGUUUGCAUUUAUUUUGUUUUUACCAAAAUUUAGACAAUACAUUUUUACAAAUUUUCUUAGCUUUUCGGUAUUUUUCACUCGUUAAAUCAUAAAUACGUGACUUGGUAAUCGUAUUAUGAUUUUUAUAUUAUAAUUGAAACUGCAUGGCUGAUGAUCAGAGAGUGGUUACCAGUUUUACUUGUGUCAUAAGUGAUUUUUUUUACAGUGAUUCGUAAUGUAAAAAAAUAUAUUUUUUUGUAUUAUGA